AGCUGGUUUCAGUGUGUACUGUGUAGUGUGUAAUCAGCUGCAACCUUGUGACCAUGGUUGUGCUGAAAUUUUUUUGUGCCAGUCUUCAGGUAAUUUGUCAACUGUAAACAAGAAUAAGCGAAGAUAAUUGUUUCGGAACUAAAUUAACACGGUACUUCAUUUCUGUCACAAUAACGGUUGAGUUUGCGGAGUGUAAUAGUUCGCGAAUAUCUUGUGAUGACGCUGUGGUAGCUAUGUUUGAGGCAGCUGUCUUCAAUUUUUUGACCUGUCCGGUAAAAUCGCUACGUGUACCUUCGUAGAAGAAACGGCUGAGAUUGUGACGUGUUGCCAGUAGCAUUUUGUCUGUGACUGACGAGAAAACGUGGAAGUUCAAACAUUCGCUAUACUGUAGAACUGAAUCCAUGGCCCAGGAGCCAACUAUGUGGAUAAAAAAAGAGGGAACAGAUGAAAUACAAGCUGACUUAUGCUUCGUGGCCCAAGUUUACCCAUUCAGCAUGAAUGUGAAAGAAGAGUUGGAGGAGAGUGCGAAUAAAGAGACUGUUAAAGAUCUAUUGGGACUAUCUUGGCCCACUGAUUUUAUCAAGGAGGAUCCUGAAUUAAAUUUGGAAAUGAAUGUUACUGAGAAUAUUUUUCCUGGACAUGUUGGUGUGCCUGGGAAUGAAGCUGCUGAUGCUGCAGCCAAGGCUGCUGUCCUCUUGCCAGUUGUCCCAUCAACUGAUGUUAGUGGGGUUCUUUGUCAGCACGCUUCAUCAUUGUGGCAUGAGGCUUGGUUCUCUCUCUAUGAAAAUAAGCUUAGGGCCAUCAAACUGAUCCCGACGGCUUGGACGACCUCAAGCCCUUCCCUGCGACAGGUGGAAACCUCAACAAGAUACACACAUGAUAGUGCAAGAUUGACGCAGAGUACUGGUGGGAGCUGCGGCACAGCAUGUGAAGAAACUUGUCCCCAUAGACUGGUCCAGGAUGAGUUGCUGACAGACAUGGGGAAGACAAUACACGAGUUUAGUACAAAUACAGAUGAUGUGAGUAUCGAUAAGGAAUGCUCAGUUGCCACCCGAUAUGACUGUGCUACGAGGGAAAAGGAAUUACAUGUAUAUAUCUGUAAUUUCUGCCAACAAAGCUUUCCUUCAAAAUACAGACUCAUAAUGCAUGUGUUUAUGCACAUUGAUGGCACACAACCACCUUUGUAUGUUUGUAAGUGGUGUGGUGAGGUAUUAAACAGUGAUGUUAGUUUGAAAAAACAUUUGAAAAUGAGUGAGUAUUAUGUCUUAACUGCUGGCAACCAUGAAACAUAUGGCUAUAGUGAUAAGCAUGAAAGCAGCAUCUUCUUGGAUAGUGAUCCAGUAGUUUCUGUUGCAGAAGACAAUGAGCAGCCUUCAUAUAAGGAAACUAGGAAAGCUUUAAAGAAGCCCUCCAAUGACACGUGUAACACAAAAACGGUAAAUUUUGCAGAAGAAAAAAGUGAUUAUGGAACUUCAUCUACAGCUGUUGAUAUCAGUGCCCAGGCUGAUCUACUUACCGCAAAAAGAACCGACAAAUGUGGUAUUUGUAGCAAAUUGUUCGCUAGGUCAGGUGAUCUGAAGAGACAUGUAUUCAUACACAGCAGGAAAAGACCACACAAAUGUGACAUGCGUGACAAAUCGAAUGCCCAGUCAGUUUGUCUGAAGACACGCAUAUUAAUUGGCACUGGAAAGAAACCUCACAAACAUGAGAUUUCUGGGAAAUCUUAUUCUAGGGAUCUCAAAACACAAUCAUUAAUUCAUACCGGAAAGAAACUCCACAAAUGCGAUAUUUGUGGGAAAUGUUUCACUAUGGCAGGCAAUCUCAAGACACACACAUUAAUUCAUACUGGAAGGAAACCUCACAAAUGUGGGAUUUGUAUGAAAUCUUUUGCUAGGUCAGACGAUCUCAAGAAACAUGCAUUCACGCACACCAGGGAAAGACCUCACAAAUGUGAUAUUUGUGGGAAAUCGUUUGCUUUCUCAAGCGACCUCAAGCGACAUGUAUUAAUUCACACAGGGAAGAAACCUCACAAAUGUGACAUGUGUGGGAAAUGUUUUGCUGUAUUAAGCAAUCUCAAGACACAUUUAUUAAUUCACACUGGGAAGAAACCCCACAAAUGCGAUAUUUGUGGGAAAUCUUUUGCUGCGGUGGUCAGUCUCAAGACACACUCACUAAUCCACUCUGGAAAGAAACCUCACAGAUGUGAGAUUUGUGGGAAAUGUUUCACUGUGUCCAGCAAUCUCACGAGACAUGCAUUAAUUCACACUGGGAAGAAACCCCACAAAUGCGAUAUUUGUGGGAAAUCUUUUUCUACGGCAGGCUGUCUCAAGACACACUCCAGAAUUCACUCUGGAAAGAAACCUCACAAAUGUGAGAUUUGUGGGAAGUGCUUCACUGUUUCAGGCAAUCUCAAGACACAUUUAUUAAUUCACACUGGGAAGAAACCCCACAAAUGCGAUAUUUGUGGGAAAUCUUUUCCUACUGCAGGCAGUCUCAAGACACACUCACUAAUUCACUCUGGAAAGAAACCUCACAAAUGUGAGAUUUGUGGGAAAUGUUUUACUGUAUCAAGCAAUCUCAAGACACAUAUAUUAAUUCACACUGGGAAGAAACCUCACAAAUGCGGUAUUUGUGGGAAAUCUUUUGCCAGGGGAGGCUGUCUGAAGAGACACUCACUAAUUCACACUGGAAAGAAACCUAACAAAUGUGAGUUGUGGCAAGUCAUUUGCUAGAUCAGGUGAUCUCAAGAAACAUACAGUAGAACACAUUGGAAUGGGACCUCCCAAAUGUGAUAUGUGACAAGUUUCACUGAAUUGGGUACUAUCAAGGCACAUGCAUUACUUUACACCAGAAAGAAACUACAAGUAAGUGUUAGUUUAUGCAAAUAGGUUUUCCUCGGUGGUGCCCUCAAGGCCUUUAAAAUAAUGGAUGUAGCAGGGGAACAAUAAGUUGUCAUGCCUGUGAAAUAACAUUAAAAUGUGGCAGAACUGUAAAACAAAAACGUGCAAUAAUAUGUAGUAAAGAGUGGUAACAGGUAAUGUGACAAUAUAAAAAUCCAAAUCUGCAGCUUGAGAUGUCUAGAAAUUGUAUUGCUAAAUACACCAGAAAUAUAAAUCGAAUUUUUUUUUUUCAUUCCAUUAACGCUGCUGCUUUUUCCUAUCGAUCUUGAGGAAUGAAGAUUGUCAAUUGUGAUAAAUCCUUACCUUUGUCAGUAAUCAUAAGUAGCAUGCAAUAUUCAGUAGAAGGCCAAAGAAAUGUUAUGAUUUACUGCUUAUUAUUCCAAACAUAGUCAUCCAAACAUAGUAACUCUGCGUUUUAGAAACAGUGGCAGUAACAGUGAUUGUGACAGCUAAUCAGGUAUGUUUCCUGAGGAGAUUUCCUGUAUGUGUCAUUGAUAGUGUGUACAUUGUUCUGUUAGUACUAAUCCUGCAUUAGUAAACGUAACAGAUACAGCAACCUGCUUAAUAGCAUGUUUGUCCACCUUUGGAAUACAACACAUCGACAGUUCUAUAUGAUGUGGACUUGACAUGUCGAUUACAUGUUUCUGAAUGUAUGUUGCACCAAGUGUCUAUGCAAUUAUAUUCCAUACAUGCAGAUCAGGUAAAUGGUGUGGUAGAGGCAUCGGUGUUAGUUACCAUGCUACUCAAACCACUGUGGAGUCAUUCUGCACGUGACAUGGACAGUUAUCAUGCUGAAAGAAGCUUUCACCAAUGGAGAACAUCAGGCUUGAAAGAAUCUAUGUAGUUGCAACAAAUGUCACGUAGUCUGCAACUGUUAUGAUGACUUGAAUUACUAACAUAUGUCCCAAAGUAGCUAAAGUGAUUGCCCCCAUAGCAUAAUUGGUACUCCAUCUGGUGCCAUUCACCUAGGUGAUAGCAUAUCUGGAUAUGACAACUGAUGUGGUGUAACAGGAAAUGUCAUCCAGCCUGACAAUUGCAUUGACCUUCAGUCCUGCCUGAGUGAUCCCUUGCCCACAGCAGUUGCAAUUGAACAUUUUGGUGGAUUGGUAUGGAAACAUACAGUGACCAUAUGUUGCGGAUCCCCAUGUUCAACAAUGUACAUAGCAUUGUGGGUUCAAAAAUGUGUAUGGCUGUUUUCUGUCGUUAGGUAUGCCACAUAUUGCCAAAUCUCCUGCUUUACAGAACAGGCAAGCCUCUUACCUCCAUGAUUUGUGAAGAAGUAUAGAUGUAUUACGUAUUUUCAUAAGGUUAUGGUUUUAUCACCUUUCAGCCACUUUCCAUAUAUGUUCACAACAGUAGGAUAGAUUCAGCCAACUAGCUUCACCACUUUUGAGGCGCUUGUUCCCAACUGCAAUGCCAUUGUAACUUGUGUUGUCUUCGUCUCCUUCUUCGUCUCCUUCUUCGUCUCCUUCUUCGUCUCCUUCUUCGUCUCCUUCUUCGUCUCCUUCUUCGUCUCCUUCUUCGUCUCCUUCUUCGUCUCCUUCUUCGUCUCCUUCUUCGUCUCCUCCUUCGUCUCCUCCUUCGUCUCCUCCUUCGUCUCCUCCUUCGUCUCCUCCUUCGUCUCCUCCUUCGUCUCCUCCUUCGUCUCCUCCUUCGUCUCCUCCUUCGUCUCCUCCUUCGUCUCCUCCUUCGUCUCCUCCUUCGUCUCCUCCUUCGUCUCCUUCUUCGUUCUGAGACUGGUUUGAUGCAGGUCUCCAUGCUACUCUAUUGCCCUUUGCUAAAGUCACUUGUCAUCUUGUUUACAUGCUUGCAUCCCCGCUAAAACAAUACCUUGUUAACCUCUGGUCUGCAUAUAUGCUUAUAAUCUGCUUACUGCAUCAUGUGCAUACAUGUGGCAUUCAUUCUCACAGGCAGUGUUCAUGACAUUUACGCGCAUCAGUGCAUCUUCAGGUAUAUGGGUCAGGUGGGAAAAUGUGUAAUUUAACAAAUGCGCUGUGCUUCGUUGCCAUUUACAUCAGUGCACAGUAGCUACAUUUUUUGUGAAAUUUUUGUUUCAUGAAGCUCUGUACAUGAUUCAGAGAUACUGUAGAUAAGUGUUAUGCACCAAAGCUCUUAAUUAUUUGUUCAGCGUUUAAUACUGUGAGUUCUACAUGAAAUAAAAUAGGUAAACAAAUAUUAGGUGUUAUGAUUUGAUUCCAGUUAUUUCUAUACCAAGGACAACUCUCACAAUGUGAGUACUAAACAUUUCUUAUGUUAUGUUCGAAGAUGUUUCCAUUGUGGAUAUUUUUAUUAAUUUGUGUAAAUAAAAAUGACGUUUCUGG